UGCGACUUCUGUGAUCGAGACGUUCAGGGUGAUCAACCUGAUGAUGGAGGCAGUAAGCUCCAUUGAAACAUCAUGUAUAGCUUAGUCCAAUUUUUGUUCCUUUAUAUAGACCGUACUUCCGUCACGGGUUUAACUGGUGAACAGCUUUCUGAAUAGUGUCAUGAGCGACAGGCACAAUAACCUGCAUGCUACGAUAUAGCCAUAAACACAUAUACUAAGCAAAGUACCAACAUUUAAACAUGUUCACAUAGUAUUUUUAGCAGAGGAAAGUGUUUUAUAGCGCCAGUUAUAAUGAUUUUGUCACGAUCAAAACCAGCAGCAGGUCCAAGUUACACAGCACAAAGUCAACAGACACAAAGUCAAAAGCAAGUACCUAAAGUGGAAGACUUCCUUGCCACCAGAGACUACACAGGAGCGCUUACAGUAUUAGAGUUUGGAGGUGGUAAAGGAAAUGUGGAAACAGAAAUGUGGAUUGGUUACUGUUCUUUCCAUCUUGGGGACUACAAGAAGGCUAUGUCGGUGUAUGAGGCCCUAAGUCAUAACAAGAAUCCUCCUGAAGAUGUCCCAGUGAACCUUGCUUGCUGUUAUUUUUAUUUGGGCAUGUAUCCUGAAGCUGAGAGGACACUACAAAAGUCUGUAAAGUCUCGUCUUAAGACUCGUCUACAGUUUCAUCUUGCUCACAAACUGGGUGAUGAGAACAAGUUGAUGGAAUAUCAUCAAGAACUUGAAGAUGUUAUAGAGGAUCAACUUUCACUGGCAUCGAUCCACUAUCUGCGGUCACACUAUCAGGAAGCAAUUGACAUUUAUAAACGCAUCUUAUUGGAUAACAGGGAAUACUUGGCUGUGAAUGUCUAUGUGGCUCUGUGCUACUAUAAGUUGGACUACUAUGAUGUGUCACAGGAAGUACUGUCUGUUUACCUGCAGCAGUUCCCAGACUCAGCCAUCGCCAUAAAUUUGAAGGCUUGCAACCACUUUCGCCUCUACAAUGGAAAGGCUGCUGAAGCUGAGAUAAAAUUCCUUAUGGAUCAGAGCUCCUCAUCAUUUAGUUUUGGACAUGACCUUAUACGUCACAACCUGGUGGUGUUUCGAGGAGGAGAAGGUUCUCUGCAAGUUCUGCCUUCAUUGGUAGAUGUUAUUCCUGAGGCUCGUCUCAAUCUGGUCAUAUACUACCUCAAACAGGAUGAUAUGCGUGAAGCAUUUCAGUUAAUCAAGGACUUGGAACCUGCUGUACCACAAGAAUAUAUUCUGAAAGGAGUUGUGAAUGCAGCAAUGGGUCAGGAAAGUGGUUCAAGAGAACAUAUAAAAAUAGCCCAGCAGUACUUUCAGUUGGUUGGUAGCAGUGGCAGCGAGCGUGACACCAUUCCAGGUCGUCAGUGUAUGGCUUCUUACUUCUUUCUGCUGCGUCAGUUUGAAGAUGUCCUUAUUUACUUGAGUUCCAUUAAGAGCUACUUCUUCAAUGAUGACAGUUUCAACUUCAAUUUUGCUCAGGCACAGGCAGCUAAAGGCAGCUAUAAAGAGGCUGAAGAAACUUUCCUGAUGAUUCAGAAUGAGAAGAUGAAGAGUGACUAUAUUUACAUCAGUCAUUUGGCUCGUUGCUAUAUAAUGAACAAGAAGCCUCAGCAAGCAUGGGACCUCUACCUGAAGAUGGAGACUUCAGCCGAGUCAUUCAGCCUUUUGCAGAUCAUUGCUAAUGACUGUUACAAGAUGGGGCAAUUCUGGUAUGCGGCAAAGGCGUUUGACAUGCUAGAGAGGUUGGAUCCGAGUCCCGAGCAUUGGGAAGGGAAGAGAGGAGCGUGUGUCGGAGUGUUCCAGCGCAUCGUUGCGGGCCAGCAGAACAAGGAGCUGCUGACAGAAGUGAUACAGCUGUUGAGGAACACUGCCAACUCACAGGUAGAGCAGAUAAUCAGAGUGAUGAAACGGUGGGCUAAAGACAACCGAAUAAACAUCUAGACAAAUAAUAUUCACUGCACCUUGUCUCAGCACUUACUGUCUUCACAACACGUGUUUUGACGUUUCUCUUUUAUUUAUAUGGGUAUUUUAAUCCUCAAAUACAUAUUUCAUUUUGUAUUUACUGCUAUAUGAUUACAUUAUUUGGUGGUACAUAUAAUUUAUUGUUCGCACAUGCUUUCGUUGUCUUGUGGACAGUAAAGUAAAGUUCGUCCCGCUACCACGGUACCCAUUGGAGAGGAGGUUGGGUGGGCCCCAGAGCCGGUCUGGACGCAGAGGCUAGAGGAAAAACCAUCUGCCCCCGUCGGGGAUCGAAGCCCGGUCAUCCACCCCGUAGCUACCCACUAUACUGACUGAGUUAGCUCAUAUUGCCUUGUGGGCAUGAGUCUUAAUUUUGUCUUGAGGUAGUGAUCUCAUACCGUCCAUUUUGUGUGUUGUAGAAAUGUGCCAAGUCGUGUGUUAUUGUGCAUUAAAACAAGUGUAAAUACUUGAUACUUUAUUCUUUGAGUAUUCAGAAGAGAGAAGCAACAUGGUAAGUCAAUAUCAUAUAAUAUUAAUGUGCUGUUUUUUUAUGAACCAUGUGUUUGUUAAAUUUUGUUCAAGUUUCAGUCUAGUUCAAAGAGGAGUUUCAAAUUUAACCAUCGAUUUGUACAUCAUACAUAGGUCCUUUAUUGGGCACUUAAGGUUCCAUAAUGGGUGAUAAAUUUCUUGACUAACUGAUUCAGCACAAUAUAAUAUUUAAGUUUUAUAUUAGUAGCAAAUGAUUCAGUCUGCUAAAAUUGGAGGAAUUUAAAAGAAAUGUUAAACUAUGUAACAUGACAGCAUAAUAAUAUGAAAUGAAUUGUUGUUUAUUUUUA